CUGGGUAGGAGCAUUUUUUAGUGGGUGCCGUUAUGAAGGCUUGUCGUCGCUAGAUUUGACGUAGAGCAGGGCGUAGAGCAGGGCUAGACGACGCCGCCGAGACUACACAGAGUGCAGUUGCAACCAGUGACGUCACGGAGCGUCGGAUCUGGGAAGUUGAAAGGCACACCGAAUGAUGCAAGCGUGCAAUUCGUCGAGGUUCAGCUUGGCAUGGUCGGUUAUCCAUUCCCGACGAGCAGAUAUCAUCGUCCGACGAGGUUCGCAAUGAGGCUAUUCCACCGACUUGGACGGCCGCAAGUGGCGGUGCUUGGCGGGAGUAGAUCAAACCAGCUUACAACUCACAUCCCGUGCGAUGUCAUGAGUCCUUCCCAUCGCCUUGGUGGAUAUGUCACGAAACGAGGACGAGAUUGAGCAAAGAUGUUGUAGUCAGGAGUAGGUUAUAAAUAGGGUUCCAUCGAUGCCGUUGCACGCAUCAAUCAAUCUCCAUCAUUUCACCGUCAUCGACAUCGCCGACUGUCCCUCCACAAGUUUCGUCGUCCGACUCGGACUCUGGCUCCACCUUCCAUGACCCAGCGGGCGGUAGAGGUCGAUACACUACCAACGCAUUGCACGGGGUGGGUUCGUCAUUUACUUCUUCGAUGCGUGUGGACGGGAUCAAGACAGGUCGGGGUUUGAAGGGCGUCUUAUGGCUGCCAAUAACUUCAAGGGUCGUGUGUUGCUUUGAAGCACCAUUCGGCUGUGUGUAUUGCACAACUUGCGUAUCGUUGUUGCGCUCGUUCCACUGCUCGGGCGUGGGCACGUCAUCAAAGUCGUUGUCAUCCAACAUAUCCACAUCCAUCGAAGUGUCCAUGUCGUCUGAAUCAGGAGAGCUGAUAUCUGCUGAUUGGUACCACGUGCUAGGCAUCGUUGGCGCGGGUUGCUGCUGGAAACGGGAGGAGUAACCAAGGUGGUCUUGCAUUGACACCUUGAAUUUCUUAUGCGGCUGAGGGCAUGACGUUGGACUGAACGAGGUGAAAGGCGUAGGGUGCAUGAAUGACAUGUCAUACUCGUCGUCACGACGUCGGCGCAGGUGGUGGCGCAUUGCCGCUGGGGCGGCGGCGGCGCGGGAGUACAUCAUCAUGGCGGCACCAGGAAUUCGGAAAUGGCUCGAUUGCCAGUCUCGACUUGGACAAUUGGGAACUCAAAUGCGAUUGGUGGA